CUCGAUUGCUCCAGCCUAUCACCCUGGGAUGCCGCCGCCGCCGCCGCCGCCGCCGCCGCCACCGCCACCGCCACCGCCACCACCGCCACCACCACCGCCGCCGCGGCUGCCGGGCUGGUGAGAUCCGCAGCGGAGCCGGAGCUGCGGCCGGAGCCGUGGCCUGAGAAUUACGGGGGCGGGCCGGCUCUUUCCAGAGGUGGGGGCUGAGGACGGGCGGGCAAGAGCCUGGGGCCAUCGUCCUCCACCGCUCCCCAGGCAGAGGGAGCGGGCGCUCGGAGCCCCUGAGUGGCGGCGGCGUUAGCCGGUCGGAGGGGGCGGCCCCUAGCGGCGACGCCCCCAAGCCCAGCCCUGCCCGGCCCCGCUCCGUCCACAGCCGGAGCCGGGUCUGACCUCGGGAGACGCCGGCGGGGCUGAGGAAGGCGGCUCUGAGGGGCCGGGAGGGCGAGCCUCCCCAUCCCGGGUUUUUCCACGUCCCUUCCCGGGAGGGACCCACACACACCUGAGCCCGCACCCAACCCUGGCCAGGGCCACGCUGGAUCCGCCUCCCGGCCCGGGUCCCGCCCGCCAGCUGCAGGUGGGCUGCAGCGCCCGAGCGUCGGGCAGUGGGCGACGGGGAAGGAGGUGAGCGGCGUCGGCGCCGGCCGCGCUCGGGUCCGUGCUCCGCUGCUGCGCUGUCCUCCUCCCCUGCCCGCUAGCAGGGCGCGCAGCGCGCCCGCCCCGCCGCCGCCGCCCCGUCCCCCCCACGCUCCCGGGGCACCAUGGAGCUCUCUCCGUCGUCCGGAGGAGUCACGGAGGCGCUGUCCUGGCCGGAGAUGUUCCCAGGGCUCGAGUCCGACUCGCCGCUGCCCCCGGAGGAACUGGACGCGGUUGUCCCAGUCAGUGGGGCUGUGGCCGGUGGCAUGUUGGAUCGGAUCCUUCUGGAGUCCGUGUGCCAGCAACAGAGCUGGGUCCGAGUCUACGAUGUGAAAGGGCCUCCUACCCAUCGUCUGUCUUGUGGCCAGUCGCCCUACACGGAGACCACAGCAUGGGAGCGGAAGUACUGCAUCCUCACAGACAGCCAGCUGGUUUUGCUCAACAAGGAGAAGGAGAUACCUGCGGAAGGGGCACAGGAGCAGCAGGCAGAUGCCACCAAGGGGCGAUGCCUGAGGAGAACUGUCAGCGUCCCUUCCGAGGGUCAGUUUCCUGAGUACCCACCAGAGGGCGCCACUAAACUGGAGGUGCCAGCAGAAAGAUCCCCUCGCAGACGGAGUAUCUCAGGGACCAGUACAUCAGAGAAACCCAACUCCAUGGACACUGCAAAUACCUCACCCUUCAAAGUACCAGGAUUCUUCAGCAAGCGCCUAAAGGGCUCCAUCAAGAGGACCAAAAGCCAGUCAAAGCUAGACAGAAACACGAGCUUCCGGCUUCCGUCCCUUCGCAGUGCAGACGACAGGUCUCGUGGGCUCCCUAAACUGAAAGAGUCACGUUCCCAUGAAUCCUUGCUGAGCCCAUGCAGUGCAGUAGAAUGUCUGGAUCUUGGUAGAGGGGAGCCUGUAUCCGUGAAGCCACUCCACAGUAGCAUUCUGGGACAAGACUUCUGCUUUGAGGUCACCUACUUAAGUGGAAGUAAGUGUUUCAGCUGUAACUCUGCUUCAGAGAGAGAUAAGUGGAUGGAAAACCUUCGUAGGACAGUUCAACCUAAUAAGGACAAUUGCAGACGAGCUGAAAAUGUUCUCCGUUUAUGGAUCAUUGAAGCCAAGGACCUUGCCCCUAAAAAGAAAUAUUUCUGUGAACUGUGCCUUGAUGAUACCCUCUUUGCUCGUACAACCAGCAAGACCAAAGCAGAUAAUAUUUUCUGGGGCGAACAUUUUGAAUUCUUCAGCCUUCCACCUCUUCAUAGUAUCACCGUUCACAUUUAUAAGGAUGUGGAAAAAAAGAAAAAAAAGGACAAGAAUAAUUAUGUAGGGCUAGUUAACAUCCCCACUGCCAGUGUGACUGGUCGCCAAUUUGUAGAAAAAUGGUAUCCAGUGAGUACACCUACACCCAACAAAGGAAAGACAGGAGGACCUUCUAUUCGGAUUAAAUCACGUUUCCAAACUAUCACCAUUCUGCCUAUGGAGCAAUACAAAGAAUUUGCAGAAUUUGUCACCAGCAACUACACCAUGCUGUGUUCUGUCCUUGAGCCAGUAAUUAGUGUGAGAAAUAAAGAGGAGUUGGCUUGUGCCUUAGUGCACAUUCUUCAAAGUACUGGCAGAGCCAAGGAUUUUCUGACUGAUUUGGUGAUGUCUGAGGUGGAUCGUUGUGGAGAGCAUGAUGUCUUGAUCUUCAGAGAGAACACCAUUGCCACCAAGUCCAUCGAGGAAUACCUCAAGUUGGUGGGACAACAGUAUCUUCAUGAUGCACUGGGGGAGUUCAUCAAAGCUUUAUACGAGUCAGAUGAGAACUGUGAAGUGGAUCCCAGCAAAUGUUCAUCUAGUGAACUGAUAGACCAUCAGAGCAACCUGAAAAUGUGCUGUGAGCUGGCUUUCUGCAAGAUCAUCAACUCUUACUGUGUUUUCCCUCGUGAGUUGAAAGAAGUAUUUGCAUCGUGGAAGCAGCAGUGCCUGAAUCGUGGCAAGCAAGACAUUAGUGAGAGGCUCAUCAGUGCCUCAUUGUUUCUCCGUUUUCUGUGCCCAGCCAUUAUGUCUCCCAGCCUUUUCAGCCUGAUGCAAGAGUAUCCUGAUGACCGCACAUCUCGGACUCUAACUCUUAUUGCCAAGGUCAUCCAGAAUCUGGCCAACUUUGCCAAGUUUGGUAACAAAGAGGAAUACAUGGCAUUCAUGAAUGAUUUUUUAGAACAUGAAUGGGGUGGAAUGAAGCGCUUUCUUUUGGAGAUCUCUAAUCCAGACACCAUCUCAAACACCCCAGGCUUUGAUGGUUACAUUGAUCUGGGCCGAGAGCUUUCAGUUUUGCAUUCCUUACUAUGGGAAGUAGUUUCCCAACUUGAUAAGGGUGAAAAUUCCUUCCUACAGGCGACCGUGGCAAAAUUGGGGCCUCUCCCUCGUGUUCUUGCUGACAUUACCAAGUCUCUGACUAAUCCUACACCAAUACAACAGCAACUGAGACGUUUCACUGAGCAUAACUCCAGUCCAAAUGUCAGUGGAAGCCUCUCUUCUGGGCUGCAGAAAAUAUUUGAAGACCCCACUGACAGUGAUUUGCAUAAACUAAAAUCUCCAAGCCAAGACAACACAGACAGCUAUUUCAGAGGGAAAACAUUAUUGCUGGUUCAGCAAGCCUCCUCCCAGAGCAUGACUUACUCUGAAAAGGAUGAAAAGGAAAGUAGCCUUCCUAAUGGUCGGAGCAUCUCCCUCAUGGACCUCCAGGACACUCACGCUGCUCCAGUGGAACAUGCGUCUGUCAUGCUUGACGUGCCUCUGCGCUUGACUGGAAGCCAGCUUUCCGUGACCCAGGUGGCCAGCAUCAAACAGCUGCGGGAAACCCAGAGCACUCCCCAGAGUGCACCCCAAGUAAGAAGGCCUCUGCACCCAGCCUUGAACCAGCCAGGCAGCCUUCAGCCCUUGUCAUUCCAGAACCCUGUCUAUCACCUCAAUAAUCCAAUUCCAGCAAUGCCAAAGGCCUCUGUAGAUUCCAGUUUGGAGAACCUAAGCACUGCCAGUUCCAGAAGCCAAAGUAACAGUGAAGACUUCAAACUCAGUGGACCCAGCAAUAGCAGCAUGGAAGAUUUCACCAAACGUAGCACUCAGAGUGAGGACUUCUCCAGGCGGCACACUGUGCCAGACAGACACAUACCUCUUGCUCUGCCACGACAGAAUAGCACUGGGCAGGCCCAAAUCCGAAAAAUGGACCAGGCUGGGUUAGGUGCCCGAGCCAAAGCCCCACCAUCCCUGCCACACAGUGCUUCCUUACGAAGCACCGGGAACAUGUCGGUGGCAUCUGUAGCCCUGAUUGCUGAACCCGUGCAGAACGGAAGCCGGUCCCGGCAGCAGUCCUCUUCCUCCAGAGAGAGCCCUGUUCCCAAAGUGAGAGCAAUCCAGAGACAACAGACACAGCAGGUUCAGUCACCUGUGGACUCCGCCACAAUGUCCCCAGUAGAGAGGACAGCAGCCUGGGUUCUGAACAAUGGGCAAUAUGAAGAGGAUGUAGAAGAAACAGAACAAAAUCAAGAUGAAGCCAAGCAUGCUGAGAAGUAUGAACAAGAAAUUGCCAAACUGAAGGAGCGCCUGAGAGUGUCCGGCCGGCGGCUGGAGGAGUACGAGCGCCGGCUGCUGGUGCAAGAGCAGCAGGUGCAGAAGCUGCUGCUGGAGUACAAGGCCAGGCUGGAGGACAGCGAGGAGCGGCUGCGCAGGCAGCAGGAGGAGAAAGACAGCCAGAUGAAAAGCAUAAUCAGCAGGCUAAUGGCUGUAGAAGAGGAAUUGAAAAAGGAUCAUGCUGAGAUGCAAGCAGUUAUUGAUGCAAAGCAGAAAAUAAUUGAUGCACAGGAAAAACGGAUCGCGUCCCUGGAUUCAGCCAACACCAGACUGAUGAGUGCGCUGACCCAGGUGAAGGAGCGGUACAGCAUGCAGGUCCGCAACGGCCUCUCCCCCACCAACCCCACCAAGCUGUCCAUCACAGAGAAUGGUGAAUUCAAAAACAGCAGCUGCUGACAGGCUUUGUGACUAGACAGACUGUGGAAGGAGACAGAAGGAAAUUGACCCACUCUCCUGUUCCCAGCCCUUUACCCAGCCCCUCCAGGUUCACAGAACAUCGCUCCUUCACAGUGGCAGUGCGGCGAGAGACCCCUGGACGGAGAAAGGAACCUUGUCUUUCAGGGCAUAAGGUGCCGACUCCAAGUCGAUGCUUUCCCUCCUCAUCUCUGUGUACAUAGGGAGCUUAGUUCUGGGCCAUGUACAGAAAAUACCACUGUAAUGUACCAAAAGGAAGUUAAUAAUGUAGAUUACCUUUUUGACUAUUACUAUUUUUAUUAUUAUUUUCCUCUUGUUGAAAGCACUGCAGUUGUUAGAGGAGGAAAAGUAGGAACUACGUAUGAGUGAGAAAUGAGCCUGUGGGUUCACUAGGCAGAGACCAGCGUCUAUCCAGUAGAAGCACGUGAAGUGCAAUAGGACAUGGUCAGGAUGAAGUUUUCAGGGAUUCAUCUACCAGUUUAAAGACCCUACUCUGGCCCCCUUGUCCUUUAGGAAAACAUGCAAAUACCAAGGUCCAUACAAAACAAUAAUUUAUCCCGCUGAUCAACCAAGACUGGUUCUGGUCAGACAGCUAAUCCAAUUUGGGAACUCCCUGUUUCAGAGGAGACACAUAAAAGUUGUUGCAUCAAAACUAGACUUUCAGGAGUGAUUUCUAUUGAACUCCUGUCAAUAUGUUAAUUUCCUCUAUCCAUAGCAGAUGGGAAUUUUCUGUUUUAGAUAGGGGGCAUUUUUAAAAAUCCCAAUUGUAAUAAAGGAUGUUUGUUUUCCUCUUUUAGAGUUUACAAAACUAUAAAUAUUUGUGUCUCUACUUGCCAUCUUCAUCUUCACACAUCCACUACUCUUCCUCCCGUGGUGGGAGCAGUCAUCACUAACAGGGUUUACUCUCCCCUGGAGAGGUUAUUCAAAUGUGCUGUCCAUAAGCCAUCUGAAAUAAACACCCUUUCUUGCACGCAGAAAAGGGCUAACCAUACCAUAGCAGGAAUCUCUGAAUAUUCCUAUUAAAAUUUUUUUUCUAUUAAGUUAUAAUUUUUGUUUAGAAUAAAGAUUUAUCUGGUAUACUAGCAAAUCUAUGGGCAGGGUAAUUUUAUCUCCAUCUUUAACUUUUAAAUUGCUUCUUCCUUUUAUCCCCUCAGUAAAAUUUGGAAAGGAAAUCCAAAUCUGACAUCACUCUCUUAAAAGUAUUGAUUAUUUGUUAAAAAGAAAAGAAAAAACAAAACUGAAAGUGUCACAACGGCACAUUCCAAUUGUUAUUCCCAUCUUCUUGGUAGAUCUGGCAACAGUGACUUAGUUUCAACAUUUGUCAUCCAUGCCUUUGUUAUAGGACAGAAAAAAAUCAUGGACUCUGAUUUAUUUCCUUUUUUCCAGAGGUGUCAAAUGUCAUCUUAAAUGUAACUUUGAUUAGCAGAAGUAUGGAAUGUUAUAUGUUAAACAGACAUUAUAAAUACAAAUAUAUAUACAUAUAUAUUCACACAUAUGUACAUAUAACUGCACAAAUAGGAAAAUGUCAUGCCUUCUCUGUCAUCAGAUAUAAUAUUAAAAGGAUCUUGAAUCUCUUUUAGCAAGAUCUGAGAAGUUGUUUUAUAUUGAGAAAAUAACAAUGUUUCUCAAUCAAGUUGAUGUUUAUUUUAAAUUAUAAACCUUAAGGAAUUUUUUUUAAAAGGAAAAGAGGAGGAGAACAAAGACCUGAGGGAGCCGUAUACAUGGAGUGAGUGUUUCUGUGUAACAGAAUCUUUAUAAGGAAGCAAGUAUAGUGCCCUCGUUGGAGUAAAGCCCAGACGGACACCAGGCCUUCCUUCACACCAGGUCCUAGGCUUGCGUUCCAACCUCUUAAGCUCUCCAACCUCACCUCUCUCAGGUGGAUCUUUGUGUUGGACCUUACAUUUCAGCAAUCUCACCAUGGCCUCAUAACCCACAACCUUUUAAAACAGUUUCUUUCAUAACAGUCCUAGUUUGUGCCAGACAGAGAUCUAAAAUAGGAGCUUCUCAUUGUGUUUAUUUGAUCUGCAGACUUUGUGCCCAGCUGUUUUGACACUUGUGUCUCUUCUUGACCCUUGGUAGUUGUUUUACAAAUUCUUACAUCUUCCUUCCAAGCUGAGGCCAUACUGUGGUCAGAAUCAUUUAUUUUAAUAGGAAGAAGGGGUUACCAAUUCUGAAGUAAUGCCCUUUGUUGAGGAAGGGAGGAUGUAAACAUAGAUCUGUUCUUUUUCUGGCUAUUCUCAAGUCUAGCCAUGUUUAAUUCAUGCUUUGUAGAAGCCUUCCAUUGUGCCACAGAAAACCUGGUAAAAGAACUGUCCAUCUCAAUGGCCUUAAGUAUGUAACAUGGGUGAUGUCAUGCAUUGAGGUUUGGAAGUUCUCAAGUAUUGAUUAUGGAUUAGAGAGAGCUGAUAAAAUCACCUACAUUGAGAGCUGAGAGGAGACCAAAAAAAUCAAGCAUGUUUUUGAUGGAUACAAAAUAUCUUGUUAGCAUUGUGGGAGUUCCUUAGAGGGCUGUCUACAUUGGAAGAUUAAAUGCCCAAUGUAUCCAGACAGAUUAUGUAGCCCUCUACUGUCAGGUUAUCUUGAAUGAAGGGAAAAGAGUAAAAAUAAUAAUAAGAGGGUUAGAAGUAAGCUAAAAGUUGAGAGCUGUUGCCAGAUGUUAGAUUAUCCUUUGAGUCUACUCCUAUCCAAAUGUUUUUUAUUUCUUUAGAGAAUGCUGCAAUCUAUUGAACUUAUUCCAAAUGAUUUUUUUAAGUAUGGAAGAAGGCAGCCCAGAUGAUAAUUUUUAUAGAGGCUUUAAUUGGCUUCACUAAAGUCCAAAUAGGUACAUACCCUCUGUUUUGUGGGGAGGAGGUGCGUGUUUGAAGAGAGGCACGUGGCUGAAGAUAGCCGUGUCUUGCGUUCCCUGUCACCCACAAUAAAUCACCACAUUGUGGGGUGCAGGACAGACCAGGAUUGAGUGGAAUUUGGAAUUCAGGUGAAGUGCUUAUAAAGUGCUUGUCCAGCUGACAACCAGACUUGGCCCUUAGCAAGGACAAUGUUGGUAGGAGUCAGGAAAAGAGCUUCACAUACUCCCCUUUUGUAUUACUGAAGCAAUAAGCCAUCUGAGCUGAAGCCGCAAAGAGUUACAUUUCCAUCAGGUCAUCAGAUUCCCCGAGUCUCUGCAAUAAAAGCUAUGUCAGAGGGGAGAUUAUAACUAGGUAACUAUAACAAGCACUUGAGUACUACUGUGUUCUAAGCACUAUCAUCAAGGUGCUGUUUGAGUCUAGGGCAGUGUAUUUAUUGGUAAGGGAAAUGUGAUAAAAUGAGGUAAUCAUGCUGCUGGAGCUUUUUGAUUUUUUCACUUAGUGUCAAGUUGGUCAGAAUUAGCUUUCUCUGACUGGUCUGCUUCCACCUUUCUCUGUGACGGUGUUGGACAGUGAAAGAAAAGGUUUUUGGCUACAACUGCUGUAAGCAUGAACUGUAUGCUCUUGAGAAUGAGCUUAACUUCAGAAGUAGACCUUAGUCUAGCCGUGGCCUUCGUUUGUGGAUCUGUGUGGUUCGCAGACCACUGGCUUUCACUCUGGCCUCAGAGCUACACCAGAGUGGGAGCAGAGUUCUCUUUUGGAAGUCCCAGAGCAAGACAGUUGUCAUCAAGUGAGUUUGCGUUUUGUAUUUGUUCUGUCUUCCAUCUAGGUUUAUUCUAGUUAUUUCUAGUUGGGAGCUCCUAAGAAGGUUGGUCAUGGGACUGAGUUUGAGGAAGGAACCCUCUUCAGGGUUUCCUCAGUCUCACCCGUCUGCUCCCUCUGACCCUGAGCCAUGCCCACGCUGGACACCAGACUGGCCUGGUCACUGGGCCAAGAGCCCAGGCCACAGCCUCACUGCAUUUCCAGCUGCGCCUUUGGAGGCCACCUGCUCCUAUAGACCGUGAAAAGCCAAAAGGUCUUUCUUCUUCAUUCCCUUCCGUUUUUCACACAUAGUAGUGAAAUCCCCUGCUUGCCCCAGCAAUAAAUAGUUGCCUUCCCAAUCCUUACCUGGGGGCCAAGAAUUUGGGAUACUUUGUUUUUUAUUAAUAUGUCAAUUGAAAGGACUUAUUUUACUAGUUUAUUAAAAGUAGGAAAUGUUGGGGUGUUGAAUUUUUAAAUAGAAUUUCUUUUCAUAUUUGAAUGAUUAUUAAUUCUAGAAGCAUUCUCAUGUUGUCAUGACCCAAUUGUGAAUUCUCUUGAGCUUAGGAAGGACAAAAGUGAUGAGAUUUGCAUGAAAUAGAAUAAAUAUCUUAUGAGGAGUAAAAGAACCUGAGGAAUAUACAUGAUCCAGAAGGGUACUAAGGCAUAGCAAUCUUCUUGGUAGCCCAGAGGUUCAAGGAAACAGGAAGAUUUAUAUCCCUUUCCCGCUCUUACAAUACACAGACAGAAACGCAAUUUCUGUGGACAGCGCAUGCACACCCACACAAAAUACACAAUUCCUAGGGCUUCCUUUUUCUAAUGUUAAUCCAUUUUCUAAAGCAGGAUUCCUAAACUUUUGAGUUUUUUAGGUUUUAUGUUCUCAUUUGUUAGAUUUUAUGACAGUCAUUCCGUCCUCUUAAAAAUGUACUAUAUGUGUUAUAUGUAUAUAUAAGUUAAAGUGACUUGACAUUGAUUUGUUUUGACAUUGUCUUAACCCUAGAUAUCACUAUUGAUACAAUGGGGAGUCACAGAAAAAAAGGUGACUAUCACUGAUCUGAGAGUAAGAUCCAGAAAGAAGUAGCUUUGGUUCCAGAUCAUUUAAUCCUCAGGUGUUUGAGUAGCCAACCCAGCAAGACUUGGCAAAUGCAGUGAACACCCAAGGAAAGGAGAACGGUCGUUUUUGCUCGUAUUUCAGCAUGCAUUUUAAUUUCCUACUCAUUUGUUAUUUUUCAUUCAAAUGCCCUCAUUGUUCCCUAGGAAUCUGUUUAGUUUGGGACUUAAAACCAGAUUUAUCUAUUGCUGUAGAGAGAUUUCCACAGAAGCUGUGUUUUAGAGGCCUCCACCAUCUGUGUGGGGGGACAGAUAUUUAUGUAUAAAUAUGUUUAUGUCAUUUCCAAACUUCCAAGGGAAAAAUUUCAAUUCCCAGUUCAUGAAAAGGUUAAAUACAAAUUGACUCAAUGACCACUAUCCUGCAGAAAAGUUAAAUAGUAAAUUAGGUUAAAUUUUAACUGGUGCUUAGACAUUUCCUAGUUAUAUUAAAAUUAACUUAAGCAGACAGCAGCACAUUAACCUGAAUCACACCUGUGAGGAAUUUACCUUCUAAAUUUGAUUUUGUUUUUCAUCUCCAGGGCCUUAAUAAGAAUGUGUUAAUACACAUGACUAUUUUACAAUGAUAGCUCUAAAUAAUUUAUUUUUUAUUUCAGAAAGAGAAAUACACCUUAGAAAAACAAAACCCAAGAUUUGAUUUUUAUUUUUAAAGCCAUAUUUUUGUGCUAGUAGCACUUAGAUUAUUCCAUAUCUGAGAUCCAUAUCCACAUUUCAUUACCUGGGUUUGUUCUAAAGAAGAUUUAUUUUUGUUUUGUGAAUAAUUUUUGACGGUUCUUGUACAUGUACAGAUAUAGAUACAUUUGAGGUCUUUUAUUGAUAUUCCUACAAAGAAUACAAAUAAACUUUAACUUUAAA